AAAAUGGAUGAUCAAUUUCAACUUUUAUUUGAUAAAUUGCAAAUCGAAAUGCAAAAACAAAAUAUGGAACUACAAACCACUAUUACAAAGAACAUAAUGGAAAGCAUGGACGAAAAACUGCACCCUAUCAUAGCAGAAAAUAAAAUCUUGAAAACAAAAUUAGAAAAACUCGAGAUAGAGGUAGAAAGUUUGAAAAGAGCAAAGAAACAAAACAAUUUAAUAUUUUUUGGAAUAAAAGAAGACGAAAAAUCUAACCUGGAACUAUUACAAAAAGUGAAAAAAAUUUUGAAAACCGACUUGAGCAUUAAAUUAGAAGAUUAUGAAGUAAGUAAUAUUUACAGAAUUGGAAAGAAGCCAAGUGAUAAAGCAAGACCCACUUUGGUUACCUUCGUGAACGAAUGGAAAAAGAAUGAAGUAACGAAAAUGAAGAAAAAUCUUAAAGAUAUAUACAUUUCGGAGGAUUAUACUAAUGAUGUUCUAGAAAAAAGAAAAAUGCUGCAGCCGCAACUGAUGGAGGAGAGAAAGAAAGGAAAUAUAGCAUAUCUAAAAUUCGACAAAAUAAUAAUAAAAGGAAAUAAUAUAAAAAAUGACAAACGGAAAAGAGAAACAUCAACAUCUCCUCAAUGUAAUAACCAGCCGAAGAAACAACAAAACUUAAUGCCGUCGAACAUUAGCAGGUUAAAUGCUUAUGAUUUAAUGAGGUUUAGAAGCAACUCUCUCCCGUCUACUUCAACUGAUAAUAAACAAUAG